AUGGUGUGGUUGGCCUUUCUGGUGUUUGUAUUGACCGCUAGCGUGGCUGGCGGUCAACAAUCACCACUUCCUCCCAGAAGUCCGCCACCACCUCCGCCACCGCAUCCGCCUCCGCCAACUCCACCCCCGCCAUCACCGCCACCUCCUACUCCGACCCCGCCAUCACCCCCACCUCCAACUCCACCCCCGCCAACUCCGGCCCCGCCAUCACCCCCACCUCCAACUCCACCCCCGCCAACUCCAACUCGGCCACCUUCCAAGACACCACCUCCACCUCCGUGUCCGCCACCCAAUACUCCGCCACCACGACCACCGUGCCCGCCGCCAUCGCCCCCACGUCACACUUGCCCAUCUCCUCCAUCCUGUCCCUCCCAUCGCCAAACACCACCACCGCCAUCCCACUGCUCUCCCUGCUGUGGGAAAGCCCAUCAUCCAAAACUUCCCUUGACACAAAUCUUCACAGUGAUGAACCAUUUGCAGCGCUUGUACGUGACUGCCGCUUCCAAGAAGAGCGCAAACUUCUCCGGCGAGGAGGCUUUAACAAUGGAUAUCAUCUCCGAGUUUGGCAUCCAGUCCGCGUUGCAAACAAGGAUGAUCCAGAAACACCUGGGAGAUGGCGUCGAGGCCCCGGAGAUUGCGUCGACCAAGCUGGCUUUCCAAAGGAUCGUGCAUGCAGCAUUCGGUGAGGUGCUGAGCCCGGCCUUUGAUCCUUUCUCCACACCUCUGAGCGCUCUCGUCGCGAGCUCCACUGUUCUACCGCUGGCCACAUCGCUCUCAGUCGGGAUCCUGCCGGAGCUCCACUCCAAAUCCUCCAAAGCGCUCGUCGCCGGCGUCGUGGGAGCGCUAGCAGGCCAGGAUGCUGCAGUGCGAGCACUGCUUUACAGGCACCGGAAGGAGAUCGUCGCUCCAUACGAACACUCGGUGGCUCACUUCCACGGCAAAGUCCUCGGCUUGACGACAUCGCUUGAGUUGCUCAGCGGAGCUCAUCCCGCAAAGUACCAGUCGAGCCUCUUCUCUCUCCCGGUGGAUGAUAGUGGAGUUUCUCCAGCUCUAUCUCAAGAACAGGCGAGGCUAGUCUUGCAGAGGCUGGGAUUCCUGCAAUGAUACGAAGUCAGCGCAGCAUAAAACGAUGGAGGUUCUAUUACAAACCUUCGAAUGUACUCUUGCUAUAAAUUCCUUUUGUUGAAUUCUAGAAGUUCUUUGCUGAGGUCUGUCGAUGAUGAUCAAUCAUGGCUGGAUGAUGGAUGAUCGAGAGCUGUUAAGUCAAUAGCACGCUGUUUUGUCAAAGAUGUUCACCUAGGAAAAAAAUACAACUGGAAAGCAUUAGUUUCUUUCAAGACGUUUCCAAAAACUUUGGUCUGGAUUCUGAAGUAAAAAAGAGGUUGCACAGAACGUGUUUAUCGACAAGAACAUGGAUCAACGGACCUCUAGCAAGAACCAAGCGUGAGAAUUAUUGAUUCUGCUAGCAUCCGGAGGAUUAUUUCCUAGCCAG